AUGUCUAACGCAUCAUUAUCUUGGUUAACCAAAUUGAAUACCAGUGAAACCCCAGAUAAGGUUUUACGUCGUUCGUCUAUUAUCGGUACUAUUGGACCAAAGACCAACAACGUUGACGUUUUGGUCAAAUUAAGAAAGGCCGGUUUAAACAUUGUUCGUAUGAACUUCUCGCACGGAUCUUACGAAUACCAUCAAUCCGUUAUUGACAAUGCUAAGCAAUCGGAAGAAAUCUACAAGGGCCGUCCAUUGGCCAUUGCUUUGGACACUAAAGGUCCAGAAAUCAGAACUGGUACUACCAUUGACGACAAGGACUACCCAAUCUUACCAAACCAUGAAAUGAUCUUCACCACUGACGAAGCUUACGCUAAGAAGUGUGACGACAAGGUUAUGUUCAUCGACUACAAGAAUAUCACCAAGGUCAUCGAAGCCGGUAAAAUCAUAUAUAUUGACGAUGGUGUUGUUUCAUUCGAAGUUUUACAAAUUGUCGACGAUAAGACCUUGAAGGUUAGAUCCGUCAACUCCGGUAAGAUAUGUUCCCACAAGGGUGUUAACUUGCCAGGUACCGAUGUUGACUUACCAGCUUUAUCCGAAAAGGAUAAGGCUGAUAUCAAAUUCGGUGUCAAGAACGGUGUCCACAUGAUCUUUGCUUCUUUCAUCAGAACUGGUGACGAUAUCAAGGAAAUCCGUAAGGUUUUAGGUGAAGAAGGUAAGGAUAUCCAAAUCAUUGCUAAGAUCGAAAAUCAACAAGGUGUCAACAACUUUGACGAAAUCUUAGUCGAAACCGAUGGUGUUAUGGUUGCCAGAGGUGAUUUAGGUAUUGAAAUUCCUGCUCCUCAAGUCUUUGUUGUUCAAAAGCAAUUGAUUGCUAAGUGUAACUUGGCUGCUAAGCCAGUCAUUUGUGCCACCCAAAUGUUGGAAUCCAUGACUUACAACCCAAGACCAACCAGAGCCGAAGUUUCUGAUGUCGGUAACGCCAUUUUAGAUGGUGCUGAUUGUGUUAUGUUGUCUGGUGAAACUGCCAAGGGUAACUACCCAUUCGAAGCUGUCUCCAUGAUGCACAACACCGCUAUCAUUGCUGAAAAGGCCAUCGCUUACCAACCUUUACACAACGAAAUCAGGUCUUUAGCUAACAGACCAACACCUACCACCGAAACAUGUGCCAUGGCUUCCGUCUCAGCUGCCUACGAACAAGAUGCUAAGGCUAUUGUUGUUUUGUCCACCUCUGGUUUCACCUCCAGAUUGGUUUCCAAAUACAAGCCAAAUGUCCCAGUUAUGAUGGUUACAAGAAACCAUAGAGCUGCUAGAUACUGUCACUUGUACAGAGGUGUCUACCCAUUUGUCUACGAAAAGAAAACUGUUGACAACUGGCAAGAAGAUGUCGAAAACAGAUUAAGAUGGGCUGUUUCUGAAGCUAUUGAUUUAGGUAUCAUCAAGAAGGGUGACUCCAUCGUUACUAUUCAAGGUUGGACCAGAGGUUCUGGUCACUCUAACACUGUUAGGGUUGUCCAAGCUUAA